AUGUCAGUCCCACGAGUCACGAAGCCCCUGGAGAAUGGAGGGUCUUACAUUGUUCAUCGCUUCAAUGGCGAGAUACUCACGAUGCCCGGAAGUAAGGGUGCGUUUCGCAUGUAUGCAACCCAGAAGCAAACGAAUAAUGGGAUGGCGGUUUUUGGCUGGGAUGGUCCUGCCAACGAACAGGGCUACCAUUACCAUAAAAUCACACACGAUGCAUUCCUCAUCACUGAGGGUCACCUCAAGAUCUAUUGUGGUCAGGACUGCCGAAUCUUGAGUCCCGGGGACUUCGCCUCUGCCCCUCCUUUAGCGAUCCAUAACCCGAUGCCCCUCGGUCCUUUCGUUCGCGCCCUCCCUCUAGUAUCGCCUGCCGAUUGGGUCGAUAUCUUCCGCGACACACAGGACCCUUUUACUGGUGUCAUGUUUCCCGAGUACGAUACUCAGGACCAGAACGCAGAGUUCGAAAGGCGUUUGCCCAAAGACUACGAGGAGCCUUACGAUACAUAUCCGGUCGAAGAGCCCGCAGUUGCUGAGGUUAAAGAGUGGAGCGAGAAGGAUACUGUUUUACCCGAUGGUCCGGAGCCAUAUUUCCUUCGCUAUAAGACCGGACCUAAAUGGGUCCUGGGUGGUGUCACCUCACAACCUUUUAUCACGACAAAGCAAGCUGCCGAGGGACGAUUCGCGAUAUCCACAAUUGAAACCUCAUCUACGUACCAACACACCAUCUUUUCGGAGUUUCUUCGAUUUCCAAAGAUUCACCAUGUGCUUGUCCUUCUCGACGGAGCCAUUGAAGUUACACUCAAUGACAGCACACCUACGGAUAUGUAUGCUGGCGAAGUUCUGUUUAUCGAUGCCGAUACAGCCUUUCGCCUUCGUUUCAAGCAUCCCUAUAUCAGAUUCAUGUGCUACGUUGAUGGCGACGGUCUCGAGGCGCUGAUCCACGAGGCUGGUGACAGCACCAAAGCGGUUGCACUGCCGGAUAACCCAAGCGACGUGGACGAAACCAAGUUUGCAGCUGCUUGCAAGAAACUGAAUGUGCUGAGGGGAUAA